CUUCAGUGUGUGCGUGUGUGCUUGGCGGAUGGUCGUCGGUCACUUUCGGUCCGUAAUUUGCAUAUUAAUCUGGCUGGCUGCUGAAAGAGGAAAAUAUUUUAACCAUUUCCAUCUAGAAAACCCCCGAACGGAUUACGAGAUUCGAUAUUGACCGUGGUGCGAAGAUUUUACCGGUGCUUUCGUUCGCAGGGUUGAGAGUUGCGGAUGCGUCUAUCGUAGAAUAUGGAGUGAUGUGAUUGCAAUCGGUGUUUGGUCAAGAAUAUUUUCUGUUCUUUUUCAAGCGGUAGAUUUUGAUUUCGAUAGUCUAGUUUAUUCAUCUGCUUGAAAACUUCCGGUUUGUUGUGAAUAUACUUUUUCUUUUGAGAUUAUUUACAACAUUCGACCGGAACCUUAAGUCUGAUACUCGAAGAUUUCGCGAUCAUAUUACCUAAACCAUUUCACGUUAUCUGUGAGCUCUGUUGAAACUUUCUAAAAUGUCCAAACCACGCAAAGGACCAUCCCUCAAGUUGAAUGUCGAUUCGACUCCUCCGGCAACUCCUGUAACGGCCCCCAGAAAUCUGGACAAAACUGCUACCAUCACAAUCGGGAGCAACACUUUCGUGGUAGAGGCAGACAAUUUGGAGAAGAUUGCCGAUCUCGGUCGCGGUGCCUACGGUAUAGUGGAAAAGAUGCGCCACAAGCAGACCGAUACCAUAAUGGCGGUGAAGCGAAUUACGGCCACCGGUCAAACUCAGGAACAGAAACGACUGCUCAUGGAUCUGGACAUUUCGAUGCGAGCCAGCGACUGCCUGUAUACCGUGCAUUUCUACGGUGCAUUGUUCCGCGAGGGCGAUGUUUGGAUCUGCAUGGAGGUGAUGGACACCAGCAUUGAUAAAUUUUAUCCGAUCGUGUUCAAGAAUGGCCGCAAAAUGCCGGAGGAUAUCCUCGGAAAGAUUGCGGUCGCUGUUGUUAAUGCACUCAAUUAUCUCUACACCCAACUGCGUGUUAUCCAUCGUGAUGUGAAACCUUCAAAUAUCCUUAUAAACCGACAGGGCGACGUUAAGAUUUGCGAUUUCGGCAUUUCAGGGUAUUUGGUGGAUUCUGUAGCCAAAACCAUCGACGCCGGUUGCAAACCAUACAUGGCCCCGGAAAGGAUAGACCCACAAGGAAAUCCUGGCGAGUAUAAUAUCAAAUCUGAUGUAUGGUCUCUCGGUAUAAGUUUGAUCGAAAUGGCGACUGGCACUUUCCCGUACAGCUCGUGGGGAUCUCCCUUCGAUCAACUCAAACAGGUGGUUAAGGACGAUCCACCCCGACUAAAGUCCGACGAUUUUACCGAAGUUUUCAAGGAUUUGAUCAUUGCCUGCUUGCAGAAAAAUUUCCACAAUCGAUUCAAUUACGAGCAACUGCUAAACCACCCCUUUAUCAAGGAGCACACCGAGAAGUCUACUGAUGUAGCAUCGUUUGUGAGCGAAAUUUUGGAUUUGGUAGCAGUUUAAGAUGAAACCAUGAGAUAGAAGAGACUCCAUUAUUAACCCAAUCCCCCUCCCCCCUCCCAUUUAUCCCAAAAGUUCUUAGAAUGUUAGAAGAAAUUGCUACUACUUUAGUUAGGUUUAUUUAAAAAAGAAAUCUAAAACAAAAAUUAAACAACUACGAUAAGUUCUCAACAAACUUGUGAAUGAUGAAUGGUGGAAAUAUCAAAUCUUCGGUACGUUCACACGGUUUUCGUUGAAUUCUACGAAGAUUUCGGUCAUCAUUGACGAUUUUAUGAAGGCCUUACCAUAGUCUCUCCCCAAAUCUUGGCAGUUUCACAGCCCCGAGCAGGUGACUCUUCGUAAUUUACAAAAUCAAAUUGCCAUAUUUACAAAGAUAAAUCGAAAACUCACAUGUGUGUGUGCAAAAUUUAUUGAUAAAAUCAAUAUACUAAUAGAUUUAAACAAAACCAGUUUUAUCUUUUGAAGAGUGAUGAUGAGUAGAGUUUAUUUUUGUCAUUGGAAUAUAUAUAUUUCGUACAAAUAAGAUGAUCACGAUGGGCAGAAACAAUCGAUUUCGUUCCCUUGGAAUUGGCGAUUUUGAAAACCAUCGACAAAUCGUUUUUAAUCAUUUUAGCUAGUUUUAAGCAAACGAUAAACCUAGAAUAUUUCACAUGACGAAAAGUGAUUAAAAUAAACAAAAAAAAAACUAAACAACUUUUCA